UCCCACCUUAAAAUUGCUUCCAUGGAUCCAAAAAUAGUCCAUCACAAAAUGCUGUUUUUACUAUGUUUUCUCCUCUUCAUGUCAGCCACAAAGGGUGCAGAGAAAGCACCAAUAAAGCCAUUUAAUAAACCGGCCUUUCGAGAGGUGCGGAGGGACGACAUGCCCGGGGUGAACCCAGCAGCGACUGGGCAGUCGGGCGGAGGGGCUUGGUGCGUAGCCAACCCCUCGGUCUCGCUGACGGCUAUGCAAGUUGCUUUGGACUAUGCUUGUGGGUAUGGCGGAACAGAUUGUUCCGCCAUACAACCAAACGGGGCGUGCUGGGAGCCAAACACUGUGGCUGACCACGCCUCGUAUGCUUUUAAUGACUACUACCGGAGGAAUCCCGUCGCUACGAGCUGUGUGUUCGGAGGGGCCGCACGGAUCACCAACACUGAUCCAAGUCACGGCAGCUGUCGCUUCCCAGCAGCUAGCACCACCCCGACGACACCUCCUCCCGCCCCCAUGACGCCUCCACCGGCCCUUAUGGCGCCUCCAGCCACACCCACGGCCCUACCACCACCUAGUCCAACAACGACCUUCGACCCUUACGCCCCGGGCGGGGACAGUGGUGACGGUACACAACCAACAGACGGCGACUAUGGGCCAACGGGCGAGCCCAACUCCGCAGGGACAACAUCAACCAGCCUUAUUAUGCUAAUAAUCACCAUCACUUGCCUAGUGAUGCCACUUGACAUGGCUAGCCACAUCUAACGUGCGAAAAUCAUCGUCGAAUCGCCAUUGAUCACUUCGGAAUGACAAGGCACAACCGCAAAGACAAGCAAAAAUUUUGAGGCAGAAGAUAUUGCAACGACCACAAACAAGCCAAGGCCUUGAACAAAUUGUGAUAAAAUAGACAGAAAAAAGAUUAGUUAGUUUGUUUAAUAGAUAUAAGUAUGUGCAGUUAAUAAAGUAAUUUCAUGAAAUGUAUUCGUAAUAAUUUGGAGCA